UUGGAUUCAUUCAUAAGGAGAUCAUUAACCCAAUGCCUUGGUGCCUCAUUGACUUUCACAUGAAGGGUUUGAGAAGUUUCAGAGCCCGUAAAGCGUGGCAGCUGCUCACGAAACUGAUGCAGGCCAUUCUGUGAACUUUCGAUUUUUGUGAAAUUGCUUAGCAAACGCUAAUAAAGGCAGUUGUGCUUGAAGUCCUAACUAAUGGCAAAACGGGUGUUUACAACAUCCAAUCUUAUAGUUUAAAGGUCGUCAUUUGCACAAAUGCUUGCUAGUGUUUUGAUUUCGCUAAGGUUCUCCUAGAUAAUAUCUUGAUACAAAUCAGUUGUAUUUAGAACUUUAAAGACAGUACAACUUUUGCAUUAAGAGUAAGCGCUAUCGAUAAGUGAAUUUUGUGAAAACAAUAUUUUCGGUGUAUUAACGUUAUAUACAGAUUAUUAAAAAGGCUGCAAGAUCUGAAAAAUCAGUAUGGAGAACCGCGUGUUAAGUUCUCAGUCUCCUGACGAGAUAUAUGUAAAAGAGUUGCAUUGUGAGUUUCAGUAUUGUGCCUUAGGGAGCUCCGAGAUCCGGCCAUUGAAUGAUUCGAAGUGUUUCAUAAAAAAGCCUAAACCCAACCAAAGAGCCAGAUCUAACAGAAGGGGUUUCCUUGGAUUAUGGCGCAAACCCCCUUUGGAGGAGGCUGAGGAUCGGAAAAAUCUUCUGACACUGUCCAAGUCAUUGAUGCAGAAGAACAUACAGUGGCUCAGCCAAGAAGAUUUGUCCCUCGGUGAUAACGAAAGCGACAGCGGUGACAUUUUGUCAAGCUCGAGGCAUCCAAAAUGCCCUUGGCAAGGAUCUAUCCCAGAUGAUGCCCCAGCGACCCUCACCCAGCAGGAUAGCUGUGGAAGGUCUCCACCCAGUCAUUUAAACACUGAAGAGGAAUCUUUGAAUGGGUUACAUUGCCUUCCAUUGGAUUCAACUAAUUCCUUCUCUAGUUCAUCCCCUCCCCAAAGUUUUUGGUACCAGCCGUCUUCUCAUCAUGAUUCAUCUGGGACACUCACUCCUGGGUCGGAUGUCAUCUCAAGUCCUGAGGUUUCCAGCGAUAACAGUUUUACUAUCAUAAAUCCAUCCCCCUCGAAACCAUCAGGGACAGUUAUCUCCUCCCCAUCAUUCACCCUCUGCAGAGCGGCGUCCGUGGAGGGUCUCUUUAUACCACAGACACCUCAGAAUUCAUUUUGUAACACAGAGGAAGACUGUGUGUGUACCAAUGACUCCCAUCAAAGUCCGUUUCGCCGUCAGGUGUUUACGUCCCUCAUAACGCGACAGUCUGCCAUGGUGAGGAAAGUCAGCCAGCAGACUUGCAGAAUCAUGGAAACUCUGAGAACGGUGGCGUCUGUCAGUGACCCAGACUUAGAGGCUGAACUCGUAGGACACAUCCAAAGGGGGAAUAGUUAUUCUAGUGGUUCGACCGACAGCUUGCCGAUGGAAAAGACUGUCGAAACAUCCGGUCUGACACUGGAAAAUAAACCAUCAUUCCAGGGGCAAGAGUUGUAUCCACUGACCUCGCCAAGAGAUUUGAUAAAGGCAGACUCUUCUUAUGUGGCAAAAGAGGACAGUAAUACCGAAUUCGGUUCACAAAAACCUUCCACCUUUCGAUUCUUGUCUAUGAGCGACUCGGGAAUCGGGUGGGAGAGCGAUGAAGAGGGAAGGUCGCUCUCCAGGGGCUCUCUAACGUCUAGUGAGGAUGGCAUGACAGCCAUCACAGAGCAACAAGAAUUGUUAUGCGGGAACAGGGUGAGCCAGAUGACCAAAACUUACAAUGACAUCGACGCCGUGACCAGACUACUCCAGGAGAAGGAGAAAGACCUCGAGCUUGCAGCUAAAAUCGGACAGCAGCUGUUGGCCCGUAACAAGGCCUUAGAAGAACGCAAUGCCAUCAUCGACGGGGAACUGUCCGCUGCGAGCGACAAAAUCACACAGCUCACGCAUAAUUUGCAGAUGAAAACAGAGCUGCUCCAGAUCUACACCAACGAUGUUGAUGACGCCAGCAGCUGUGAAACCACUCCAACAGGGUUGCGUUUCAUGAACGUAGACUUCUUACAGCAUCGAGUCAGGAAUCUUGAAGAUGAAAACAAAUCUCUUCGUUUAGAGGCCACCCAGUUGGCUAGUGACACUCAGGAAUGUGAGGAGAAGGAAAAGGAACUAGUCACAGAUGUCAUCAAACAGCUUAGUGAUGCCAACUUACAAGUUCGUCAACUCAACGAUGAUCUGGCAAAGAAGGUGGAGGACUCCCUGCGGCAGCAGGAAGAGAUCACCCAGCUUCUUGCCCAGGUUGUUGACCUGCAGUCACGUAACAAGCGCCUUGUUGUGGAGAAUGAUGAACUUCACAACAUGGUUGGUGUGGCCAGGGAUUGCCAGCAAGAACUCACAAUGGAGCUAGCAGAGUUGAAAGAGAAAUAUGCUGAAGUCUUGGAUCUUCUCCAUGAUACACAAGAUCAGCUCAGAAGGGUGCAAAAGAAGAACUUGCCAGGAAGUCGUGGUCAUCAUCUUGGAGGAAGCAAUCUGUAUAGUUCGCCAUUCAAUUCGGGCAAUGAUUCUAUUGCCAGUGAGCUUCAGAAUCUGAAUGUCAUUGGGGAGGAGAUCGGCAAAGGAACCAGUACCACCAUGAGACGUACUUUCGACACCGUACGACUAUCAGGCAGAUAUUCAAUGGCAGGAUCCCAAGGAUCACUGAGUUCUCUAGGGUAUGGUGGUUCUGUGCACUCCACACCAACACAUCAUCCGCACACCCCAUCACAUAUGUCUUACUUAGGAUCACGAGGAUCAUCCAUUUACUCUGGAGGCUCUGGUCAUCCUUCCCUGGAUUCUGGGGCAGAUUCAGAUGCCUCAAUGCACACAGAUUCUGAGGAUAACUAUCCAGGCAGCCACUUAGGUGUACCGGGUUGGCCAGGAACUCCUGACUUAGAUUCUUGUUUACGUCGCCUUGGUCCUGGAGAUAGGUCAGGAACACCAUCACAUUAUCUCCCUUAUGGUUGUCGCACUCCUGAUUCAAUCAUGUCCACAGGAAGUGGCAAAUCUGGUGUGAAUGACUGGAAAUUCCCUCAGAAAUUGCAGAUUGUGAAGCCCAUAGAGGGAUCUCUUACUCUUAGUCAGUGGUCCCGUUUAGCUACUCCUAAUCUCGCAGGAUUGUUGGAGGAGAGGGAGGGGGUGGCUAUCAAGGGUGGUGCUGGCAUUGAACAGUUGAAAUUGGAUGUAUAUUCAAUGUCAGACCUUGAAGAAGAUGAACCUGAAGAAGAGAACCCUGGAAAAAGAUUCAUGAGCACUUCAGGAGUCUUCACUUACACCAACUCUACCAUUCUGCAUCCAGAUGAUCAAACCAUUUCAACCCGCAGCCUCCAACAAGCACAAGUUAGUGUCUUGCCCGCACCAACAACACAUCCUACCACAACCCCAAGCACUCCAAUCAGAGCUCCAUCUUGCCCACCAUCACGCCGUGGAUCUACGGCCACUUUCUCUACAAAUACUGGCCUGGCCAAGGUUCUGAAUGAAAGGGGCAUGCAUCAACAAAGUGGAUAUUCCCCUACUGCCACUCCUGCCAACACGCCUACUAAUUCAAAACCUGGAUCACCUGAACCUGAGGGAUACAAACUGCCUGGCUUGGAGGACUUGACCAAAACCUUUUACUAUGGUGCCAGCCUUCUUCGUCGCACCUUUUAUAAAGAUGACCCUUCGGCUCCUCAGUCACCAUCUGGUCCAAGAGUUAAUCUUGUGGAGCAAGUCCAGGCUAUUGGUGUGGACAGGUUUGUAGGAUCAGGUCAAGUGCUUACUGUUGGCGGAGUAGUUACUUCUCGCCCAGCUACUUCUCCACUUCUUCAUCUUUCUAAUCUUAUAAUGAGCAGUGCCAAGGACACCACUUCUACCACUACAUGUACAACGAGCACAACUGCUACUACUUCAGCUGGAAUGUUUGUACCUAAAGUUUUAUCUCCAGGAGAGAGGCGUCCCACACUUCCAUCAGGGGCUCCAAUGGGUAUCCCAGGACAUCCAGGGUCAGGUCAUCUUGACAACCGGCUCAGCCAGCUCAAACCAGGUCAACGUGCAGAUCUUGGAACUGUUGGUGGACGAUCAAGACCAACAUCUCUUGGUACUGUACCUCCAAGAGGUAGUGGGGCAGAACAAAAUGUUGGCACAGUUUGCUGGACAUCUUUUGGGCGUAAAGGUGGACUACUUUAGUUAUUUAUACAUAAAUAUAUAUAUAUACUGUAUGUUUAUAUGAAUAUUUUUUCUCUAAGUUCCAUUUUGGGUGCUGGCUGACACUGGUUCUGAUUUUUGUGAUACAUGAUGUUUACUGUUAUUCAAUAAGAAGUAUGUGAUGAUUUAGUAAAUAAGUUGGUCAAUUUACUUGUCAGUAAUGUUGUUUCAACAUCAAUUAUUUCUUCUAGAUUGCAGUAAAUGAACCAGAUGUUUGAGUAUAGAUUGUGGUAUAUAAUAAUAUGGGGUAAAAAUACUUUGUGAGAAUAUACAGUAUGUAAUUGAAGAAGUGAAUCAGGGUGUUUAUAUAUUGUAUACUUAAAUAACUGAAUAAAUUGUAGGGUAAAGCUUUGUUAUGAUAGUUACUAUGUAACUAUUUAAGUUGGGAUAUAGGGAUCAAUUGCAUCUGCAUAUUUUUAAUAUUUAUUUAUCAGAGAUUCACAUAUGCAGUAAGUUGCCUGGCAUAGUUUGUGGAUAUUGUACUAGCACUUUUGAGUUCAAGUGAUAAAAAAAAGACCACGAAAUUGAAGAUGAAACUUGAACAAAUUUAAUACCAGCUAUGUACAGUUGUUCAUUUUGCUUUUUGUGCUGGUUAAAUCCGUGCCAAAUGAUUUAGUUUCUAUACUAUUUUGUUGCCUUGACGCCUUCUGCAGCUGUUCUGGUUGUGCAAUAGAAGUGUGUACAGUUCUAUACUCCAUUGUCAUCUGUUACGACAUGUACAUCUUAAAUGUAUGAAAUAUUCAAGAUUAUAAAAUUUACAUAUAGAAUUUUUGAUAUUUUAAACACUUACGGAAUGGAUCCUGUGAUGCACAAACCAUUUUAAUAUCAAGAAGAUAACGGUCAUUGUACAUGUUGACUUUGGUUGUAAAAGCGGCAGAAGGGGUCUCUUUCCAAGAGACCCAAGUCUUCUAGUCACACUUCUGAUAAAUCCCCUUCUUGAAUCUUUUCUCAAUUUUUGUGUACAGUUCAAAGAUUGGCGCCUUAUUUAUUGUUUAGCAGAGAUUGAUGCUUUAUGUAAGUUUAGUUAUGAGUUGACAUUUGUAUAUUUUUUCUUCCGUAUGAUUGGUAUUUUGAUUAUUGAUCCUUCGUCUCAUGUAUGAUGCUUUCUAUUCCACUAAAGGUCCUCUGAUCAAGCAGAAGACCACAUUAGUGUCCCUUGCUUUUUUGUUUUGUGAGUGCAAUAAGGUAAAUGUGAAUGGGCUACUCUUCAUUUAUGUAUUGAAUGCUAAUAGGUCACAUAAAUUGGUUUGUUGGUACUACAAGAAAUAUGCCAUGCAAUCAGUUUUGAGUAAUAUUUUCUUAUUUGCAGUUAGCUGUACAUAUUAUGGUUUUCUUGCAAAUAACUUGUGAUUAACUGUAUAGGUUGUAAUGACUAUUGGAAUGGAUGUUUCAGUGACAUUGUUUAAUAACUGCAGUGUAGCCCAAUAAGGUUGAAGUAAGUAAUCUAACUUUUUUAGAGCAGCAGCAUGUUACCCUAUGCACAAUGUUCCAGCAGGCUUCCCAAGGCAGAUUCAUCCCACCCUAUAAGCCAGCCAGAUGCUGAACAAGCUUUGCAGGGCAGUUCAUAGAAUUAGCCUGCAGUUUUCCAUAAUACUUACAGGCAGUAAGCUAUGAAUUUUUAGUUCUGAAAUAUUUUGUGAUCCAAGUCAUCCAGUACAUCAGCCUAUUUUGUACAUUACUGUAUUCCUAUACUGUACUGUACUUGGACUGUGUUUUCUAAAUUUCUCCUCAGCUAUACCAUGCUGUUUAUUUUCAUGUACAAAAAGGCAGGGGUACAGGUGGACAUGCAUCUACUUUAUUGUAGAAUUCAUAUUAAGGUAUGUAAAUUUGCAAGACAUAAUUUUUAUAUUCAUAAACAUUUGACCAAUCUUAGUUUAUAGUUUAGUAGAUUUUGUUUUUGGAGGUCAAGAGAAUUAGAGGGUAUCUUUUAGUUUCCUAAUGACAAAACUUUUGUAUUUCAUAGUACAAUCCUUUUCCCGUACUAUCCCAUCCGUAGGGGGUUGCCUUCCCUUUGUAUAAUAUCCUGUUAGUUUUCAUAUGCUGAAAUAUACAGUAAAAAAUUGUGGCCA